CGACUGCACAUACCCGCAACCCAGUGCAAGCCAGAACGCUCCAUAGUCAGGCACGAAAGCUUGGUAGUUAUAGACUUGACAUUUUCACUUUGGAGGAGGACCCGGUAUAAGGAUGGCCAGAGGGAUUGUGAUGCUGCUUGUGCUGACGGUCGCUGCUACGGUGACCCAAGGCGCUCUCCAACAUCUGAUCGCAGAUAAUCCAGAGUACCCAGGGAUGUGCGCCGACAAGAAGGCAGGCAUUUUCCCUAUGGGCGCAACAUGGUUUUUGGAAGGCUGUGUACGGGCACACUGCAGGCGUUCUGAGGGCAGGAUGGUUAUCACGUAUGCCUCCUGUUCUCCGUUCGGCCUUCCCCCAAACUGUGAACUGGUUACAGACGAGUCCUUGGUUUACCCUGGUUGCUGCCCGAAGCCUAAAUGCUCCUAAGAAAUUCUGAGUUGUACCCCAAUGACUGCUGUUAUCCUUACUAAUUCAUACCUUAUUUAGUGAAGCUCCUUUACAUAUACCUCCAUUAAUAUGUUAAACACAUGUUCAGCAUUGUAUCAUGGAUGAAGGCAAUAUAUAUGAAAUGUAUAAUAUUGAUAUUGGGGAAAAAAACAUUAUAAAGAGUUA